GAUAAAGGCAUUUUUUACCAAGGGAUUUGUUCGACCCUCCUCAGCCAAUUGUGUAUCGGACAAAUAUUAUUGUUUUGGAGCAAAAAUAUAGUGACACAGAUUGUUUAUUUAUAGUGUUAUCGGUUAGUGAACUUAUUCGAAAGGGCACCAAGCAAAUCUCUCAAAAUGGUUUCAAAGAAGACACUGAAUAUAGAGAAACAAGUUUCAUCAGUGACCGUUGAAAAAAUAGAUGAACUUAAAAAUGUUCCUAUAUGUACCAAAGUCAGGGCAGUCUUCUCGAAGAUGACAGUAGAACCUAUUUUGGUAUGUUAUCUGCUAUCCAACGUAUUGGCGUCUUUCACCAGCCACAAUUUAACGUUAGAAAAAGCUUGUAGGGUCAAUCUGGGCUUCGACAAAGACACUUGCGAUGCCCUGAGUGUUAGAAAUCAAUCCCACCCCGGGUUCAGAACGAGUGAAGAAUCCGUACAAGGCUUAGCAGCAAAUAUGGCCAUCUGGAAAAAUAUGUUCCAAGGGAUAGUUUCUUCCUUCGUUCUCCUUUUCCUAGGGUCGUGGAGUGAUAAACACAAGAAACGAAAACCACUCAUAUUGAACCCUAUCCUAGGAGAUAUCGCCACCUAUAACGGUCUCAUUGUCAGUAUUAUGUUUUUCUACGAACUUCCUUUGGAGUUUAACAUACUAGUCGAGUCGAUACCUUACAUCCUCACAGGGGGGAUAUUCUCCAUGUACGCAGGGGUGCACACCUACGUCAGUGGGGUUUCUUCUCAAGAAUCCAGGACUAACAGGUUUGGGUCCAUUCAAAUUGCCACCACCAUGAGUGUAACCGCGGGACUAGCUCUCUGGGGGAUCCUCUACCACAUGAUCGGCUUCUACGGCGUCUUUUCUACUUGCUUGGCGAUAUUGUUCUUCGGCUAUGUGUACGGAUUGUUUUUCGUCAAAGAAAUCGAUGAGUUAGGAAUGAAAGAAAAAGAAGUGGCGGAAGAAAAAAGAGGAAAGAAGAAAAGUUUUCUGUUGGAUUUUUGCGAUAUUAAACAUGUGGCUGAUACUUUCAAAAUUGCUUUCAGGAAACGUGAAGGGAAUAUGAGAUCAAGGAUUUGUUGGCUGUUGGUUUUGAGCACGGUCCUCAGUGGACCAAUUACUGGUGAGAAUAAUGUUACCUACUAUUACGUAAGAUACAAAUUUGGAUGGGAUACAGAACAAUCCAGUAUGUUCCUAACUUUUCGGUACAUCACACAAACAUUGGGUAUCAUAUUCUUUAUGUCAUUCUUCGACAAAUAUUCGAAAGUCAAUGACACAGUUGUGGGAAUGGUAGCAUGUGGUAGCAAAAUAGUUGCCGCAUUUUUUUAUUCAUUCAGCCCUACUCCUCUGUAUUUAUAUUUGGGUGCUCUAAUAGAGGUUAUGAGCGCAGCAACUUCCAUAACAAUGAAAUCAAUCCUCUCCAAGUCAGUAACUACAGAUGAGUUAGGAAAAAUCCACUCGCUUUCUGGUUUAGCCGACGCUAGCAUACCCUUAUUAUACGGUCCACUGUAUAGUAAGAUAUAUGCUGCUACCAUCUCAUUCUUUCCAGGAGCUUUCUAUAUGACAAGUGCAGUAUUGACUAUACCAGCCGUACUGAUUUACGUGUGGCUCUAUAUGGAAUUCCGGAAAGAUGAGAAAGAAGAACAGAGCAGGGUUCAAGAGGUGAAGCUACUAUCCCUACAUGAAAGCGACAAAACUUGAAAAAUUCGAAUGAUAAAUGAUUGUAUUCUCUAGUUGGAUAAUGUUUAGUUUUUUUUAAUCGUUUGCUUACUAUCUGUGUGUGAUUAUUUUGAACCAGCAGAAGCCGUUUUUGAAUUGUUAAAACCUUAUAAAACUCAAUAGGCAUAGGUAUAUUAUCUGAGUUAACACUGGCGAACUAUGAAUAACUUUCAAGGAGAAGAAAUCGGAUUUCCUCAUGUGUUCUUACAUUUUCUAUUGCUUCUUUGUAGUAUAAUAAUAUAGAAACGUGUAGAUACAAAAUG